AUGGCCUUUCUAAUGAAAAGUAUGUUGAGCAACCAGGUAAAGAAUUUGGGACUUGGAGGUGGAGGGGAAGAAAGCAAAGAAGAAAGCACCCCUUCUGACCCAGCAGCAGCUGCAGGAAUGACCAGAGAGGAGUAUGAGGAAUAUCAAAAGCAAAUGGUUGAGGAGAAGAUGGAAAGAGAUGCAGCAUUUGCCCAGAAAAAAGCAGAGCGAGCCUGUCUGAGGGUUCACCUGAGAGAGAAGUACAGACUCCCUAAGAGUGAACUGGAUGAGAAUCAAAUACAGAUGGCUGGGGAUGACGUGGGUUUGCCAGAAGACCUGCAGAAGAUGGUGGCACAAGAUCAGGAGGAGGAAGAGGACAAGGACUCCAUCCUGGGACAGCUGCAGAACAUCCAGAACAUGGACAUGGAUCAGAUCAAAGAGAAGGCACAAGCCACCUUCACUGAAAUGAAGCAGGCGGCCGAGCAGAAAUGUUCUGUCAUGUAGGAGAGCCACCACCAUCAAGGGCUGUGACUUCAGCCUUGUCUCGCCAGGACUGCAGAGGGAGGGCAGGCAGAGGGAUGCACUUAGCUCUAGAGCAUAAACAUAGAAAAGAGACAACAGAGAGAGACUUAAAACCCUGAGGGGAGGGGGGAAAGUUACGUGUUGUGACUGCCUAGGACAAAGUUAGAAGUCAUCCUAAUUUUUAACAUAACAUUUUUCCCCAUGGAAAAAAUGGCUCAAAAGAAGUUAAUAUUGGGGAAAAAAUGUGCCUUUUUCCAUGCUAUUAAAUGUGUGUUUUUUAGCAAAAUUGUAAUUCUGAUACAUCACAUACAGGUAAUCACUCAUUUAAUAGUGCUUUCAGAAAUAAAUGCAUAUAUUUCUUAUAAAAACACCUUUGUUUCAAACAUUUUGAAACAAACACAGUAUUCAAAUGCUGACAUUUGCUGCAAAAACUUGAUUUUUUUUUUUGACCAUCUCUGCAUUAAAUGUAGCAAAACACAAAAAGUGAAGGGUGUAACUCAACAGCUUGGGACAAAAGCGUUGUCAUCUGUAACACUGAGUGGGGACUUGUAGGAAAGCAAGGCUUGGGAGCUGUCAGUGAGCCCUGCUCUGUAGCAGUGCAGGCUCAUUUCCCAGUCUCUCAGUCUCCCAAGGCAGUUUGAACGUCGAGGGACAGCAGUGACUCUGCUUGGCUGCUCUGUGUGCCAAAUUCUGGGGCCUGAGGUACCAGCACCAAACUUGCACAGGUUCAAACCAGCUCACCACGGUGAUUCUGGGAGUCACCUCCAUCGAAGGCUGAACGUAAAUCUGGCCCCCCUGGAAGGUUCUUCCAUGGCAGGGCACCUAAACCCUGAGGAGAAGCUUGGCUUUCACUUGUGCUAAAUCUGACUGAGGCUGUCGGACAGGCAGGACACUGCUCCUGAGGGGCUCAGGCAUUCUGUGAAAGGAAGGACUUUGUAACCUCUCCAAGAGCUAGCCUGUGAAAUAAAUUUGGAAAGGAAUACAUGUAGCACCUUCCUACAGGUUUAUAAGUCUCUUUCUGUCUCUCUCUGUCUCCACCUAACCAAGUAAAAAUAUUAAUUUUAAAUUAACAAA